CCUCAAUACCAGGAAGUUCCAACGCAGUCCACUCGACUAAACGUUGUGCAUUAGAGCUCACUAGCCCUCAUUGACUUUUUUCUUUAAAAGCAAAGUUGAAACUAUCGUAUUUCAUUUGGCUGAUUGUUACUUUAUGUGGGAUUUAGCCGCUUCGUAUUCCUAUGUGUCAUCUGUUGGCACUAGAAUAUAUUAUUAUCUAUGCUAGCUAACAACGCAGCUAACAGCUAGUUCAGAUUGUUUUGAUUUUUAAAGUGAACAAUAAAGUCACGUCGACGUGUCCGGGCUGAGUUUCAGGUGCUAGUGGCGCACUUUUAAAAAUUAAGUCGAUAUUGUCCUGCCGAACUAAUCGUUUUUUAAACGAUUGACUUCACAAAGAACGCAGUUAGUGUUAUUAAUUCGUGGUUAUUGCACCAGCUAGCUUGUGAGCUAACGUCAACGGCGACCGCCUAGCCUUAGCCUCCAGUGUCGGGGCCGUCCGGCUUGUCCCUGAAAUAGUGGACAUCGGGCGAGCUUCGAAAGCUCUCUGUCUCAAUGCGUGGGAUGAUGGGCACACAGAGUAGUCCAGUCAAGAGUUACGAUUAUCUCUUGAAAUUCCUUUUGGUUGGAGACAGCGACGUUGGGAAAGGAGAAAUCUUGGACAGUUUACAAGACGGAUCAGUAGAGUCCCCCUAUGCCUACAGCAGUGGGAUUGAUUACAAGACCACCACAAUUCUGCUGGAUGGGAGAAGAGUUAAACUAGAGUUAUGGGACACAUCGGGACAGGGCAGGUUCUGCACCAUCUUCAGGUCUUACUCUCGUGGAGCCCAGGGCAUCCUGCUUGUGUAUGACAUCACCAACGGCUGGUCGUUUGAUGGCAUUGACCGCUGGAUACGGGAAAUUGACGAGCAUGCCCCAGGUGUACCCAGAAUCCUGGUGGGAAAUCGUCUUCACUUGGCUUUCAAGCGGCAGGUGCCAACGGAGCAGGCGAGGGCCUAUGCAGAAAAGAACAGCAUGACCUUCUUUGAGGUCAGUCCGCUGUGCAACUUCAACGUCAUCGAAUCUUUCACAGAGCUUUCACGCAUUGUGCUGAUGAGGCACGGGAUGGAGAAAUUCUGGAAGCCCAACAGAGUCUUCAGCCUACAAGAUCUGUGCUGCCGUUCCAUCGUCUCCUGCACACCGGUGCACCUCAUUGACAAACUGCCCCUCCCCGUGGCCAUCAAGUCCCACCUCAAGUCUUUCUCCAUGGCCAACGGCAUGAACGCAGUCAUGAUGCAUGGACGCUCCUACUCGGUGGCCAACAGUGCGGCCUCGGGUGGCAGCGGUGGCGGAAGCAAAGCCAACAGUCUGAAACGCUCUAAGUCCUUCAGGCCUCCACAGAGUCCCCCGAAAGACUCGUCGUCAUCCUCGAAGGGGAACUGUAAGAUUUCAUAGUGAUAAGUGGACUUUCUGUUGCCUCCAUGGGGCACGUAUUAAAGGUUGUUCCUCCAAGGCCAUUAAGGGAGAUCCACGAGCAGUCUUUACCGGAAACGGAUAUUGCUGUGAGCUCACAUUGACCUUUGGGAAGUGCCUUGGGGGGUUGGAUUGGUUCCUGUUGUCUUUGGGCUUUGCUGGUGCCCUCUUGUGGACGCCUGUUUACCCCUUAUCUAAGCUAUAGAACCAGAUUUCCCUGGGACCAACUGAUGUGAAUCGAGGUUUGUGGCUCACUUGUUAACACUACAAACGCUUGGUGGGACAAUGGCAAGCUUUUUUUAAUAUGGAAAAUUGUAUUUAAAGUUGUAUGUAAGCUGUUUGUGCAAGUUGUUUUGGUCUGUGUUUGGUGAUCAAUCCCAGAAAGGAGCUUCUUGUGCCCGUCUCUUGAAUGUUCUGGGAGGCCUGCUUUUGUGUAAAACCUAUUUGUGUGUCUUAUGCUCCUGUUUACCUUGGAAAAAUCUUGCAACCUCAACGUUGCUAAGCUACUUAUUUAAAACGUAUUUCUUUAAAUUGAAUGUCAUGAAAGCGGCAGGGUAAGUUCUCCAGACAGACUGGAGUUAACACAAGGUCCUACUUAGCCUAGCACUACACAAUCUAAAGCUGACCUGCAAAAUCGGCCGCUGGAUUUUAGCCCAAAUGAAUUCAACCUCCAUCUCCAUCCGUCUUCGGUUUGGACAUUCGUUCACUUUCUCAUGCCGUUUUUGCCUCUAAAUCUCACUUGUUUAAACCUCCACCAGCAGGACCAUCUAUCUAUCAACCCAUUGGGCUGCUCAGAUAUUGCUCAGAUGUGCAGAUGCCUCCAGAAGGGGUUGUAAUCGUGUCUUUGUCCUUAAGGAGUUUGUAAGCUUUUUAACAAUGAGUGCUUGUUGGAUGUUUUAUUUAUAUACAAUGUAUUUCUGAAUGUAAAACAAGAGUCCUCUGCUUUCUUUUCUGUGGCCACGUGGUUACAUUUGUAAAAACUGUAAAAAUCAGAGGCUGAAGGUCA